AUGGUUUUGGGCUGCAUUUCCACAGACCUCCUCUACUCUGCUGAAAAGCCCAGACGCUCUUUGAAUUUUGGGUCUCCAUCAAAGCAAAGAGGUGGUGACCGCUUCAUCCCCACCCGCGCCAACAACGCUUGGGAGGUUAACUUUGCCCUUCUGCCGGAACACAGCAAAGAUGGCAGCAAAGUCCUGAAGGCAGACUUCAGUUCCAGCAAUGACGGUACUAAAGAUAGCAGCGCCUACUCUGCCCUGCUGCACAACGAACUGCUUGGGGUUAGCUCUGAUGAGAACUCCUACGGCACAGACGAGCGCAGGAUGCACAGCAUCACUAAUCCUAGUCUAUAUUCUUUCUCCCCUGCCAAAGCACGCAACCGCGACGGCAUGACGUCACCAUACUCCCUCUCGCCCGUGUCUAACAAGACGCACAGGAUGUUGAGCUCGCCGCGCAAGGCUACACGCAAAAUUAGUAAAAUUCCCUUCAAGGUGUUGGAUGCCCCGGAACUGCAGGACGACUUCUACCUGAACUUGGUCGACUGGAGCUCACAGAACGUGCUGAGUGUGGGGCUGGGCACGUGUGUGUAUCUCUGGAAUGCUUACACGUCGCAGGUCACGCGACUGUGUGACCUCAGCAACGACAGUGACAGCGUCACUAGCGUCUCCUGGAGUGACCGAGGUGAUCGUGUGGCGGUGGGCACACAUGAAGGUCUCGUACAAGUGUGGGAUGUGGGGAGCAACAAGCGCCUCUCGGUGCUGGACGGACACACUGCCCGCGUCGGAGCUCUGGCCUGGAGCGGCGACACAGUGGCCUCUGGCUCAAGAGACCGACACAUCCUGCAGCGCGACCUGCGUGUCGUGCGUGCUGCCCCCAUCAGGAAACUCCUGGGGCACCGACAAGAGGUAUGUGGACUGAAGUGGUCUCCAGAUAACCUUCAUCUCGCGUCAGGAGGCAAUGACAACAAGCUUUUUGUAUGGAACCUUCACACGGCGUGCCCGGCUCAAACCUAUACUGAUCACAACGCUGCCGUCAAAGCGAUUGCUUGGUCACCUCACCACCACGGUCUGCUGGCGAGCGGAGGCGGCACCGCGGACCGCCACAUCCGCUUCUGGAACACACUCACCUGCCAGCCCCUGCAGGCCGUCGACACGGGCUCACAAGUCUGCAACCUCGCCUGGAGCAAACACGCUUCUGAACUGGUAUCAACUCACGGCUACAGCCAGAACCAGAUCCUCGUGUGGAAGUACCCGUCGCUGUGUCAAGUGGCCAAGCUUACAGGGCACAGCUACCGCGUACUGUACCUCGCCAUGGCUCCUGAUGGCGAGGCCAUCGUCACGGGCGCCGGCGACGAGACCCUCAGGUUCUGGAACGUCUUCAGCAAGGCCCGUAACCAGAAGGAAUCGAAGUCUGCUCUGAACCUCUUCCAUUCACUGCGGUGAACAACUCAGUGGACAACGAAGUUUGUACAGUUCUGACGCCAACCUCCGUCGUUUGUCUACACGCAUCGUGGACGUUGGAUGAGCGGCCAUACAUAAAAUUAUUCCUGAUGGAAAAGUUAUUCUUCUGCUCUGGUGGUGCAUCAAAUGCAUAUUAUAAUCUUCGUCUUGGAACUUGGUUUAUUUGAUUUCGUUAAUUCAUUACUGGCCUCUUCCCCAAGUAUCAGUAGGAGACUGACUAAUAUUUCAUUUGCACUGCACUCAUGUCUUUUAAUUCCCGUUCGUUGCAUAAGAAGCAUGCGUUUCUCCUGGUUGCAUGCUACUCGUUCUCGUUUGCUCUUUCCGAAGCAUUGCCUAUUCUGUUCUUGUUCUCCACGUUCAAGCUCACCUACGAAUGUCUUUGUAAUGUUGAGAAGUCGAUUUGUAUUAAUGUUCGUCAUGUUUGAGUAUAACUCGUUAACAGACUUGAAUGGAUGAUGAGACGUUUCGGUAUAAUAUUUUACCGAGGUUCUGAAAAUGCGAGGUUUAUUAUCUUCGAUAAAGUCUUCUGCUAAAAUACUGUCUCAUCUGGUCUUAGUGUUGGCUUGGAUGUAAAGGGAUAGUCACGCUAUCGUACAAUUUAGUAUAAUCAAGGCAUGAAUUGUAGUAUCAUGAGAAUCUUAUGAUUGGACCCUAUAUUGUAUUAUUGUUUUGAAGCUUGCAGAAUAACUGUGACUUUUCCCGACUGACUGACUGACUCAACAAUAUUGGACUUUACAUGACGGAUGCACGAAGCCAUGAACAGUCUUGACUGAAGUGUGCCAGUCUUGAUGUUAGAGUGACUGUUGGCAUUCGGGAUAGACGCGAUAUAGGCGUGCAUUAAAACAAUUCUCUCGAAAACGGGUUAUAAGGAACGACUAGAUCCUAGUUCAUUCAUAUUAAUCAAUUGGGUAGGCAUGACUGCACGAGAUUUGGUUGCAAUGAGCCCAGUUUAAUUUGGGCCUCUUAAAUUCGUGGUUUUCGUUGUUACGCUAUCGAUUCCAUUUUGAAGGUAUUCAAGUUUGAAAGUUAUAACUUGUUUCAUUCUUAUAGAAAAAGUGGAACAUUGAUAUACUCACAGAAGGUUUGAGAUUUUUAGCGUAAUUGUUUGAUGCGGUUUAAAGUUCAGAAAAACCUAUGUUGUAGUACAAUGUGCGAUCGUUUGAUCACUUUUUAAAAUGUGUUAAAUGGAUUGUGUUUAUUCAGUUAUACAUGAUAAAUAUUUUAUUGCUGUAGCCACUUGAAGAUUUUGUCUUGAUCCUAUGUGUGAGUGGUCAAAUUAAUUCUAUUUGUAUGUGGAACGAAGCUGCGGCAUGAAGUUUUCACGGAGAAACUCCGUGAAAUUUGUGCCGCGUCUCUUGUUGUUAAAAUUCACUUUCGGUUUUAUUUUUCAUUCCGAUCGACGCUUCUGCGUACUUGUAAAUCAUUUGUACGAUAGCUGCGUAACGUACUGAGGCACUUGUGCCAUUUAUCAUUAAUUUUGCGUUAUUUAUUCACUUGUAUUAGGUAUUAGUAGUUCUAAUAUGUACAUAGCGAGUGUCGCGUUCGAAUGUGCGGUGUAAUUCUUACUGAACGUGUACAAUUUGUUAUGGCUGUAUGAUGUGCUUAGCAGUUGGAUGGCUAGUUAACGUACAUCCUGGUGGCUACAUCGCCUGGUGGAUGG